GUCACACCCCUUCAGUAGUGACAUGGGCCCACCGCCGGCUCCCUUGGCCUAACAUCGGGGUAUACGGAGGGACUACGAGCCGCCUCCAUCUUCCUCUGUAGGACUCCGUGGCUGCCAGUGGACCUGCCUCCCGAGUCCCCACAGUGGGGUGCCUCAAACUACUGGGUCUUAAGAGCGCAAGAAGGGGGCGGAGCUAAUGGGACUGCGUUCACAACGGCUAACGGGUAAACCGAGGCAGUAAAGGCCCAGGCCAUUUCUGAAGGUCCGCGCCGGAAGAGCCUUGCGUGUCGAUCGCAGGCUGAACUCGUCUCCUCCCGAGAUCUGCGAUUCGGUCCCCGCCGUCGUCCCUUCUCCACGAGCGGCAGAGGAGAACCCUCUUGGCUCGGCAUCUCCUCCAGGGCCACCAAGCACCUCUGAAGAGCCAUGUUCCAAGCUGCCGGAGCCGCCCAGGCCACCCCCUCUCAUGAAGCCAAAGGCAGCAGUGGCAGCAGCACGGUACAGCGGUCUAAGUCCUUUAGCUUGCGGGCUCAGGUGAAGGAGACCUGUGCAGCCUGCCAGAAGACUGUGUACCCGAUGGAGCGGCUGGUGGCAGACAAGCUCAUUUUCCACAACUCUUGUUUCUGUUGCAAACACUGCCACACCAAACUCAGCCUGGGCAGUUAUGCUGCAAUGCACGGUGAAUUUUACUGCAGACCUCACUUUCAGCAGCUGUUUAAGAGUAAAGGCAACUACGAUGAAGGGUUUGGUCGUAAACAGCACAAGGAGCUCUGGGCCCACAAGGAGGUGGACUCAGGCACCAAGACGGCCUGAGACCCCUUUAACACCCAUUCCCUCCCAGCACAUGGCCUCCCGCUGGGCAGUGGAAAGGAGAUUAACCCGGGGGCGCGGGGUGGGAGAGGAUGAGGCUCCCUCACACAGGUUUCAGGCAUAAGGCUCUGCUCCAGGAUUCCUUACUUUUCCCAUGGGAGGUUGGCGUUGGGAACCAGAAUUGGAAUUUUCACCAUACUGUGUCCUUUAGUCCACCUCAUCUCACCCCACGGCUCCCUGGGAGGCCCACAAGCCCAGCUUCCCUACUUAGGUGCCUUUUCUCCAGCAAGGAGUCAGCAUGCCCUCCUCAGGGUCCCAAGCUCCCUCACUGCCACCUGGGCCUUGUGUACCCCCUUGUCUCCCCAUCUACCUCUGCCCCUUAGCCUGGUAAUGAGCCACAGAGACUGGAAGAGGGAGAGUGCCAUCUACUGGGCCUCAUAGAUGCCACCUCGCUGAGGGGGGAGGGCUGGGGAAGAGGCAAGACAGCCUGCAGCCUUCAGGGUCUGGGGGUCCCUUGCACCACAAAGCUAAAGCUCUUGCUAGAGCCUCAGCUGACAGGGUCGGCAGUAGCUAUGCUCCUCCAUCUGUUGUGCUGUUCUGUUGUGAUCAACCCUCUUUUAAAAACAUUUAAACAGCUCUUGACUCUCUUGUGUGGCCUGAUGGGGAUGCUUUGUGGCAGGCAUGCAGCAGACUCCUCAUAGCGAGGGGAAUGGAGGACAGCCCACAAUACUCCUGGCCUUAAAGGGGCUGGUGGUCUGUGCCACCUUGGGGUGUUAAGCUGUCAAACCUGAAAUCCCACUGUGUAUCCUCGUCCCAGAGUAGCCAGGCACACUGGCUUGCAACCACACAAAUGUUUUGGGUUUUUGAGACAGGGUCUCACUGUAGCUCUGAUUGGCCUAGAACACAGAGAUCUGCCUGCCUCUGCUUCCAAAGUGCUGGGAUUAAAAAGGCCUGUGUCAUCCAUGCCUGGCUUCGGUUCUUCAGAGGUUAAUUCACUACACUUGAGUACAGAAGAGAACCUUUCUGACUUGGCCAAGACCUUAGUGUCUGCCUUUCUGCUAGCUGAUUCCAGCUGUCCAAUUUCCUCCUAGUCCUUUACCCUAGAAAUCUGCAAAGAAUGGUAGGAAUCCAUAGCCUAUCAAGUGCUGCCAGUACAACGUCUUCCACCUUCUCUCCUCAUGACUGUCAUCUUCCUGGAGCCUCUUGUAUGAAGUGGGAUGUCACAGCUACUGUGCCAGGACCUCCAGGGGCAAACUUUGCGCUCCUCAGAGUUCAUGCACACUGAGGGACGACAUCACACAGCAGAAGCACAAGGCAAGUGUGAAGAUGCUCCCUCAGUGGAAGUCUGAGUUGUCUCGCCCCAAGCCCUAUUUUCCUGGCUUCUGCAAACUGCCUAUGGGACAGAUGAAUCGGUAAGCAAGAGGUCAAAGGCUGCUAGGCAGCCCGGCCUCUGGUCUUGCUAAUGGGUGAAUCACUGUAGACUUCCUUCAGGUGGGCAUCUGGGAAGCAGGCACGACAAAGCCUUGGAUUUAUGGGACAAGGAUGGUCUCUUGCUGCAGUAAAGAAACAGUGGCUGGGCUGGACGUGGCAGCACAUGCUUUUAAUACCAGCACUCAGGAGGCAGAGGCAGGUGGGUCUCUGUGCAUUCAAGAUCAGCCUGUUCUAUGUAGUGAGUUCCAGGACAGCAGAGCUACAUAGUGAGACCUUGCCUCUGACUGAUGUUCUGUAAGGGACCAAGGGAAACCCCUCGGCCAGGAAGACUACAAAAUGCCAUGAAUGGUCCUAGGAACUCAGCUAUUGAUGGAUUCGGCUCAGAUGGACAACCAGUGCUGUCCCAGUGACGCGCUGGGAUAAAAGGGAAGGAGAGGGGCCACCUUGGCCAAGUUAUCACAGGCUGCUUUUGGCAGCCAUUUCAAGUUCUAUUUAAGAGGCCUCAACUUGGGUGUUAGGCAUUGUACCCAACCCAUCCCUGUAAAAAUUCCCACCACCACCUUUAACCGAAAGCAUGGUCACAGGACCCUUCUGAUAUAAAUGAUCCCUUUUAUUGUAAGUAAUGCACUGGCCUGGCUUUGCACUGCAAGCCCUCAGUCAAGAUAUAGUCAAUAACUAUGGCUGCAGGUUCUUCUGCACAUUCCACAAUUCAGACACAGAGCUGGGCAAGUGGGAGGGAGGGGAAGGAGGGUGGCAGCGUGCACCUGACCCAGGCUUGGCCCUUCCAUGUGGGGUUGGUGAAGGCAGAUAAACCCCAUGGAAUGAAGAACAAAUGAAGGUGGUGUAGCAUCUUUGCACAGCAGGCCAAGGGCUGCUAGGAAACCUUCCUUCAUAACCUUUGGGCCCAGGCCACCCUGGAGGCCCACAACUUGUCAUUUGGAUUUGUUAAUAAGAAAAAAAUAAAUUAACAGCUUGGUCCUGAGGCUGCUGAA